GUGGUUUAAUACUACAUAAAACUAUCUUAAACAUUUCUUUGACCUAUAUAACAGUACCUGUUAAUUUAUCUAAAACUUUAUUUGUCAUGGUCAUCACUACAAGAUAAAACAAGAGAAUAUUUAAAUCGUUUUCGGUAUUUUUAUUGAACGUAUUUACUGGUCUGAACUUGGAUUUAUUUUGUGAUUUUCUUUUGGAGAGGUAACAAUGUCUUCACCAGUUGUAGUAAAGUUUUCUUCUCCUUUCAUCCGAUUUUAUGGACUUGUUUCACCAUGUGUGUCAGUGAACCUUCAGUCGAGAGUGUAUCGGCUAGUUUCAGGAAGAUGUAUGUCAACGUCUCCCACACCGACACCACCUCCACAAUGUUUAAUGAAGCCGAUCAAUGUUCCAAUGAAGACACUGAUGGGACCGGGACCGUCUAACUGUCCACCAAGGGUUUUAAACGCGAACGCUUUGCCUUUACUAGGCCAUCUCCACCCUGAAUUCACACAGAUUAUGGAUGAAAUCAAAGAGGGCAUCAAAUAUGCAUUUCAGACUGACAACACCUGGACGGUAUGCGUGUCCGGCACAGGUCAUGCUGCGAUGGAAGCUUCGGUAUGUAACCUUAUUGAACCGGGAGAUAAGGUCCUGGCGUGUGUUAAUGGUUUGUGGGGAGAACGAUUCGCGGAAAUGGCACAAAGACACGAUGGUGAUGUUGCGACCAUUGACAUUCCUAUGGGGACGGUGUUUACUCUGCAGGAUAUAGAAAAUGGACUGAAAGAAAAUCGACCAGCAAUAAUGUUUAUAACACACGGGGAAUCUAGUGGCACUACGGUGCAACCUCUGGAAGGUAUUGGUGAAUUGUGUCACAAGUAUAACUGCAUUCUUAUUGUUGAUUCUGUCGCAGCUAUGGGAGGAGUGCCACUAUUUAUGGAUAAAUGGGAAAUAGACGUGGUGUACAGCGGGGCUCAAAAAGUGCUUAGCGCCCCACCUGGAGCAAGUCCAAUAUCCUUCUCUGCGAGAGCAAGGCAAAAAGUAGAAAACAGAAAGACCAAGGUUCGCUCAUAUUACUUCGAUAUGCACCAUCUUGCCAACUACUGGGGUUGUGAUAAAGAGCCAAGAAGAUACCAUCACACGGGACCUAUUAGCAAUGCAUACGCCUUACGGGAAGGGCUUGCCCGGCUUGCAGAGGAGAGUUUAGAAAACAGUUGGGCUAACCAUGUCAAGUGUGUCCACAAACUGCAUGAAGGUUUAGAGAGUCUUGGUUUGAAGUUGUUUGUUACAGAUAAGUUAGCAAGGUUACCUUGUGUUACGAUUAUAUUCCAGUUAGCAAGGUUACCUUGUGUUACGGGUGUUGUCGUUCCUGACGGAGUCAACUGGAAGGACGUUGCAGAUUUUGCCAUGAAACAUUAUCGUUUGGAAAUAUCUGGCGGACUUGGAGCUCAGGCUGGAAAGAUAUGGCGAAUAGGACUGAUGGGCCAUAAUUGUACUGAGCACAAUGUCAACCUCGUGUUGAGGGCACUUGGUGAAGCCCUGAAAAAUGUUAAAUAGUGUCAAAUAUUAACAUUAUUACAUUUAAAUAUUGAAAGUUUAAAACUGUACUUGGACAUUACACAAUGGGACAAGUAAGGAGAAAUAUUACGUGAAUACAAGAAGCAGAUACAGCAAUACACAUAUAAACAAUAAACACAUAUCUAAUUAGAUAUUGGUAAUAUUCAUAUGUAUUUAAUAGUAACACCCAACUACCAGUUGUGAAACAAACUAACUAAUACUCAUUGGAUCCAGUAAUUAUCGCUUAUGGGUCCUAGACAGACACUGUUUAUGCGGUUGUUGUGUUAGAUCUAUAUAUUUAUAUAUGUUGGCGACAUGUCGAACAUAUAUAUCAUUAUUUCACACCUUUAGGCCGCACCAAAUUGAUUACUUGGUCAACGGAUUUCCAGCUCCAUUUUUUUCAGAAUCAAGAUUUUUUUUUUAAUCAGCUUCCGCUCGCUUCAGUUUUUGCAGACUGGUUAAAAUAUUUCAGAGCGGGCCUUUUUUCACUGUGUAGGGUCCUUUUUUCACUAUGUAGCGACAGGGAUUCAUAAAAUUUAAUACUUUCAAUUGUCCACUAAAACAGCAGGAGAACAUGUUUCAGCCUCUGUAUUUGUCUCAACAAUUGCACUAGUAUGCAAAAUUGACAGCCGAUAUGACAGUUAGAUUGUAUAAAUAAAUUUGGGAAAGGUCAUUAGGAAGAGUUUUUGCAAGUUAUUUUCUUCUCAAGAUGAACAUCAACAUCUCAUUAUUCAAAACAGUGUCAUCAAAUAAUAAUUGGUGAUGAGAACAAGAGUUUUGCUGCGAUCCUUAAACAGCAAUAAUUGGCUAGCAGUUAAAUGAUGAACAGGUGGUAUAACUCAAUUUGGACGUUACAUCAUGGAAAUUUAAUUCUGUAUGUGUGAUAAACCAGUAAUUGUUUCAGGCAGCUAAAUUAAUAAAGAUUCUGUCAUCAGAAAUAUGUUGUGAUUACACAUUAUCCCGUUAGCCCUUCAGCAAGAAGACAGUAGGUAAUUGCUUAGUCGUUAAAAUAAGACUUAUCAAAUACAGUUUCUGAAUUUGUCCAUUUUAAAAUGUUGAUCAGAUUGCCUAUCAAAAUUAUAUUGGUUUCCAGUGAAUUUCAGUUUCGGCAAUUUUAAUACUUCUUUGUACACAUGGGAAGAAUUAAGUUCCCUUACCUACCCAGUCCAUGAAUCCAUGAUGUGCACACCUUACCUUGAGACCAAAAAUGGGUAAAACAUGAGAUAAAAAUUGAACAAGUCUGUUUUCUCUGUUUGUGCAUUUUUAGGACUAAUAUAGUAAGGGCAAUGGAACUGCAUACAUGUGUUUGUGUAAUACAAUCUGACAUUUGUAAAAUACAUGCUUUUGAGUUUAUUUAGGGUUCAAGCCUUUGACAUCCGCACAUUUGCCUAUUCCAAAAGUUCUGUAGAACCAGAGGCAAAAAAUAUUUUAUGCUAGUCCUGCUGGUCUUAUUGAUAUAACUUUGAUUUUAAAAUGAACACAAUUUUCUAGCGGAGAAUGGGUACGCACAUGGAACUUAAUUAGAGUAAAAGAAUCCUAAAGAGCUUACCACGCCCAAUCCAAGAAAAUAUGCACUAAAGGCUUACUUGUUUAUUAUUUUCUAGUAGAGUUGAAAUACAAGAAUAUUAUGUUACUGUUUAUAGAAUUUUUUUUCUGAUUUGUUUUAUGGGUAACAUCAGAUCUGUUUAUCAAAAGACACUGAACAUGGUAAUGCAUUUAUUGCAGUUAUGACUUGCAGCAUCAAGAGUAUGCCAAAGUUAAAUGUUAAAACAAAGAGCAACAGAAAUUGCAAAAUAAAUCAUUGAAUUUACAAGUGAAUUGGGCCAUCAGUGGAUGAUGGGUUUCCUGGCAUCUGGCGAAAUUGCAUUGAAAGUUGACAGACACUAUAAUAUAUAGAUCAUGGGUACCUAAUGUACUGGUGAGGUGAUUUCAGUGUUUUCCAUAUGUAUAAUGAUUUCUGUUAUAUACUACAUGAGAGUAAAAGCUUUCUUUUUCUUAUGUAGUGAGAUAAAAUCCAAGGAGAAACCCUUUGUUUAUGUGGCUAGGGCACUGGUUUGCCUUGGAUACAAACUUAGCCAACACAUUAGUUCUAUACACUAGAAAUAUGAUUAAAUUGCCAGAUUUUUUUGUAUCCGUCUGCUGUCCUUUUAGUUUGUUUACAUCUCUCAAUGUUUGUAAAUAGUACUAUGUAGCGCGUCCUGAUAUACAUAAAGAUAUAUUGGAGUCAGGUGUUAAUUGGCUGCCAUGUAUUUUUGGGACAGUUCGUCAUUUAACCUUCAAUAUUUAAGGAUCUUUGGUUGUUUUAUGUAUUUUCAAGCCUUUUUGAUAUGUUUUAAUUGGCAGUACUUGUUGAUUCUUCUAACAAGUUUUUUUUUCUUCAAAUCGCUCCUCGCCCGCUCCAAAAAUAGGUGAAAUCCAAAACAAUAUUUUUAUUUUUAUACUCGCUCCUGAUUUUUGGGGGAAAAAUCCAACGACCAAGAAAUUAAUUUGGUGUGGCCUUCGCUUUUUUCUAUGACGUCACAAUAAAUAGAAACCAGUAUUUUA